CAAGAGCUUGAGGCUGGCGCCAGAUGGGCCCCCCCUACAACUACCUAGCCUCGAGAACAGCGAUGAUCUCAAUGAGCCGCGCUGUGGUACAUUCGCCAGCAUCAUCUGACCCUGCAGCUCGCGCGCGCACGCUUUGAAGGCCAAAAACAAGGCCAACAAGCACAGCUCAGCAUGGGCUCCGAACCCCUUCCUGCCUCCUUCCUGACCACCCUCUCCGCCACCGUCCAAUCCAGCCGUGUCGUCGACGACUUCAUCCGCGCCGUGCCCCUCGCACGCACCGCCCUCGACCCCAUAACCUACGAGCUCCUCGACCUCCGCGCCCUCCUCGAGCGCCUGCUAGAUGAGGCUGCCAUCCCCAUCUCCCUGCACGCCCCGAUCCUCUCGCUCGCCGCCGCCUGCCGCCUCGUGCUUGCCCGCAUUGAUGCCGUGCUCGCCGACCACGGUGAUGGCCCUCGCGCCAAGGAAGAGAUCAGGGGGUUGAAGACGGGCUUGCAGACAUGUCGGCGGGCUAUGCGACUGGCGCGGGAGGUGGUAAAUCUUUCCACCUCGAUCGAAUUCAUAGCCGACGGCAAAUCCAACGCCUUGGGCAUCGGGGUCACCGACAUCAGACAAGACGCGACCCAGAUUCUGGCCCGGGCUUAUAGGGUGCGGGUGCAGGUGCCCUUGCCCCAGGAUGAUCGGGAAGUCAAUCGAUCUGCAUUUGGAUUACAGAGGGGGCUCCACGGCCUAAUCAGCUACGUCGAAUCCUUCUGCGUCGAGAAUAGCGUGAGCGAUGUGUCGUACAGUCGCAAACGCGACGCCUCGGGCUACGCAAAUGGAGCCGCGAAUACGGCGCAAGGCCCACGAAGCCCGGAUAGCCUACAAAGCCCUCUCUCCAUGAAACAGAUGUCACGGGAGCUCAGCAGGGCAUCGACAUCGGAGAGCAAUCCCAACUCGUUCUCCAGCUCCGAGUCGCGACGGACAUCAGAAGCGUCUGUGUCGUGGUUUGCAACAGAAGACGAAGACGUUACGAGUCCCGGCAUUCAGCGGAAGGCUGUGCCUCAGAGACGACAUACAAAUGAUACAAUUGAAGCGAGGAGGGACCAGCAAUAUGCUGCGAAGAGGGGGCUGAAGUUGACACCCCAACCUUCUCCUCAAUCCUACAGCCUCUACCCGCCACCGCCCACGAAGCCGCUGCCCGCCGUCCCCCAGCAACGAUUGCCGUCGAGAGGAUCGACUGCAGCGGCGGAGAAGUCGCCGGCGCUGCCGGCAUCACCCGCAUCCCGGACAUCCCGUGGCUCGAAAGGCUCCGUGGCAACUUCGACCUCGGGCCGGGCGUCAAGUGUGUCUUCCUCGAAGGCACCACUCACACCUCUCACGCAGGUCGCAUUCUCCCCGAUGCCCGCCCCUUCCGCCACACCCCCGCCGCCGCCGACUGCCACGGGGCAAACAUCAGAAAUAGAGAUCGUCCCUUGGAAGCACCUGGCCCAGAAGAACGACAAGGACCACGGGACGGUCUCGUACCUCGACAUCUCCUUUACAUCCUCCAUCCUCGCCAGCAAGCAUGGCAACAACAUCAUCCGCCUCUGGGAUCUACGGACCGGCACGCUCGCCAGCUCCAUCAAAGUCAGCUUCUACGUGCAGUCGCAGACGAGGUCGCGCGACUACUUCGUGCGCAGUCACGCGAUCCUGUCGGAGACGGCGAACCUGGUGGUGAUCGCGACGGCGUUCGGCCACUCGCUCGAGGUCUGGAACUGGGCGCGGCGCAAGAAGCUGCAGACCAUCGAGGAAGCGUACCGCUGGGCCUCGGUGCGCAGCGACAUCUACGAGGCGCGCUGGCCGCCGCUGGUCACGUACCGCGAGGACGGCGACACGCUGGCGCUGCAUCCUGUAGCGCGCGACGCCAAGAAACCCUUUGGCAAACCGCGAAUCAUCGACCUCGGCCGCGCCGGCCUCCCGCACAUACCCAAGUACCCGGAGCUGACCUACUCGGCCACGGGCCCGCUCCUCAUCGCGGCGGCGGGGCCUCGACCCCCGCGGCCGGGCCAGCCGCCCCCGGACCAGGGUGCCAUGCUGAUGGCCUGGGAGGUGGGCGACUACGAUGACAUGUCGCCCACGCCCGCGCCGACGAAUCACCGGCCGUACAAGUUCAUCCUGGUCGCAGAGCGGCACCCGGAGCUGGCCACGGCGCUACCGCUAUGCCUAGCAUCGUACGGCAGCGUGGCGGUGUCGAUCUGGGUCCCCGCCAGCUACCGCGCCGUGCAGGGCAAGGGCCGUACGGGCGGGUGGCAGCUGGAGCCCGUGGCGGUGACGAGCAGGCAGGUGCUGGUGUGGGACUUUGCCGCCAACAUCACGCGCACCUACUCGAUUCCCGACGCCAUGGCAUGCAUCUCCCCGGACUGCCGCUUUGUCGCCUACUGCGACCCGGGCUGUGGGCUUGCGGUGCUGGACGCACUCAGCGGGAGGGAGCUGUGGCGCUGGUCGGGCAGCGGUGGGGGCGGUGGUGAAAACGGGGAGACCGGGUUCGGCCCACUGAGGAACCUCGAGAAGGUUGCCGAGUUGGCGUUCUCGGCGGACGGGACGCUGUUCUUCUCGGGCCAGGGCGACGGCGGGGUCGGCGUGUAUGAGGUCCGGGAGGUCAAGCGGGAUGGGAGGUAGGACUUUUGGGGGGAAAGGGCGAGAGAGGCGAGGGUGGGAUUGGGCGGAAACUAGAAACCACGAGGCGUUUUGGAACGGAUAGAGGGGUUUUUUUCUCCGCGUUCCUCUCUGUAAAACUAGCUAUCCCUGUCAUCGUCGUCGUCGGCUGGGCGAACCUGUGCGUCUGACGCCUUCUCUCUCGGCAUCACGUACAUAUGGCGACAGUGACAUCACAGACGCAGCUUAAUAUCUCGCAUUCUUUAAUCGAUGAUUCCCGAGCAUAGGCUAAAUGCAACGUAAAUCUGGAUG